AGGCAUGGCUAAAUGUUUCUGUGGAUGCUGAUGUGAGUAAUAAUCAGAAAAAUGCUGCCAUGCGGAACCGUGUCUUAGAAAUUUGGAAGGAAAAAAUGGGGCCAGAUCACAAGAUAGCAAGAAACAACAAUAGCAUGCAAUGCCAUUGGCACCUAAUACGAUCUAGAGUAAGUAAAUUUGUCGCAAUGUAUGAGCAGUUGGAACGUUGCCCACGAAGUGGUACAAAUAAGGAGGACUUGGUGAUAAAAGCACUACGCUUGUAUGAAGAUUUUUAUGCAACUCCAUUCAAAUUUCUUCAUUGUUGGGAAAUAUUGAUCAAGAAUCCAAAGUGGUGCUCACAAUUUGUUACGAAGACAGGUGCGUCAAAUAAACAAGGUUCUGAUGAUGGCAUUCCAGCAACAUUGACCGAGUCUUCAAAUGUUAUUCCCGAAAAUCCUAUACCACCAAAAGAAACUGACAACGAUGGAAUUGUUCGACCACAAGGAAGAAAAAAUUGUAAAGACAAAAAACGAAGGUUACACGAAGAAAAAGGUGUGGUGGAUGCCUUGAAUAAGUUGCAGUCAACUUUGGAGAAACAAGUUGAUGUUAAUCGAGAAAGCAUGGAAAUUAGAAAGCAAGUGUUGAUGAAAGAAAUUGAAUUAAAAGAAAAAGGUCAAAGGAGGCAGAACCAGAAUCGCAUCAUGAACCAAGACCUCAGUAAGUUGUCACCAUUCGUUAGAGCUUCUUAUGAAUAUAUGCAGGCAAAAAUAUUGAAAGAAUGGGAUAAUGAUGGUCUCUUCUAAUCUAUAAAAGUUGCGUUUAAGAGGAAUAAAGUUUGAAGGUUUUAGUUUACAUUUUCUAGGAACACUCUAUGAUCAAGAAGUUAUUCUUUUCUUUUCAUUAUUUAUUGUUUCCGUAUUCCUUUUGAACACAAAACAUGAAGUUUCUGUCUUACUUUAAAUUUUGAACACA